GAGCGUGUGGGUGCGGAGCUCGCUUUAGGACCCGGUUUCUGUCUCUCCGCGCGCGUCUUCUAUCCAUGAACACACUCAGCAGCUACACUUGAUGUUGCUUCUGGUGCGAGUUCGCACACGUCUUUCUGCGCGCCGCGGAACUACCCACAGGUGAACGGACUAAAAAAGACGGGGAUCUCCAAGCUUUUCAUAAGGUCACCACAGGUCCAGUAUUGGAUGUUACCAGUGUUACCACUCACAGUUUUUGUAUGGGUUACCUCAUUCUUUGGAAUUUAUUAGGACUUUUGUUGUUAUCUUGGAACACGUCCCGUAAGUGGCGGCGGACCUAGAUAUUGGCCACUUUCUGAGACUCAGCUAAGAGUUGUAUUCUCCGGAAGGACUUUAUUCAUCUUUCCUUUCAUUUGGACGCGUGAUCAAGCGCGCUACGGCGCAGACGUGCGUCAACGAUGAGCGAGCGGUGGCGCUUCCCGCGUGGCGCUCUGGCUUGGCUCUUCACGCUCAUGCUGUGGCUGGCGAGGUCUGUGGUGAGUGAGACUGAGAGUGAUGCUAUCCAAAACAUCACACUGUUCACACGUAUCCUGGACACACUAUUGGAUGGCUAUGAUAACAGACUGAGACCAGGGCUGGGAGAUCGAGUCACGGAGGUGAAGACCGAUAUUUAUGUCACCAGUUUUGGGCCGGUGUCAGACACAGAUAUGGAGUAUACGGUGGACGUGUUCUUCAGACAGAGCUGGUGGGAUGACCGGCUGAAGUUCCGAGGCCCCAUGAACAUCCUGCGCCUGAACAACCUCAUGGCCAGCAAGAUUUGGACCCCCGACACCUUCUUCCACAACGGCAAGAAAUCAGUGGCCCACAACAUGACCAUGCCCAACAAGCUACUGCGGAUCAUGGAGAAUGGAACUCUGCUGUACACAAUGAGACUCACCGUCCAGGCGGAGUGCCCGAUGCACCUGGAGGAUUUCCCCAUGGACUCCCACUCAUGCCCUCUGAAGUUCGGCAGCUAUGCUUACACUACCUCAGAGGUGACCUAUAUUUGGACAAGAAAUGCCACCGAUUCGGUGCAGGUGGCUCCAGACGGCUCCAGGCUCAAUCAGUACGACCUGAUGGGCCAAACUGUCAACCAAGAGACCAUCAAAUCCAGCACCGGGGAGUACACUGUGAUGAUGGCCCAUUUCCACCUGAAAAGGAAGAUUGGUUAUUUUGUGAUUCAGACGUAUCUGCCCUGCAUCAUGACAGUCAUCCUUUCCCAAGUGUCCUUUUGGCUCAACCGGGAGUCUGUUCCAGCAAGGACCGUUUUCGGUGUGACAACAGUCCUCACCAUGACAACCCUGAGCAUCAGCGCCCGUAACUCUCUGCCAAAGGUUGCCUACGCAACGGCCAUGGACUGGUUCAUCGCGGUGUGCUAUGCCUUUGUGUUCUCGGCUCUCAUCGAGUUUGCCACCGUCAACUACUUCACCAAGCGCGGCUGGGCCUGGGAUGGCAAAAGUAUUGUUAACGACAAGAAAAAGGAGGCGUCCGUCAUGAAGAAGAACAACGCCUACGCCGUAGCUGUGGCAAACUAUGCCCCCACCAUCGGAAAAGACUCCACGCUGCCAACGGUCUCCAAGAGUGCCAGCUCGGACCCCGGGAAGGCUCGGACAGAGAUUAAGGUGGAGAGCAAGAAGACAUUCAACAGCGUGAGCAAAAUCGACCGCAUGUCACGCAUAAUCUUCCCCGUGCUCUUUGGAAUCUUCAACAUGGUGUACUGGGCCACCUACCUGAACAGAGAACCUGUUAUUAGAGACAUGGUACCCUCCACAUAAAAAAAAGCCCUCUCUCUCCCUCUCAUGCAAACACACACACACACACACACACACACA